AUGACUACUAAUACUCCCUCUACCCGCCCGGCCCAUACUGUGGCCGAGAUCCUUGCUCAAGACAAGAGUCCUGUCUUCGCCCUUACCCCAUCACUCAUCCAUCUCUACGCAAUCCUCGCUCCAGCCUGUCUCGUCGUCUGCGCAACCAACGGUUACGAUGGAAGUGUUCUUACAUCUCUUCAAGGUGUAACCGCAUGGAAGGACCAGUUCGGUUCCCCUAAGGGCGCUCUUCUCGGUAUCACCAGCGCUUCAUAUCCACUCGGAGCCAUUAUCUCGACUCCGUUUUCAGCAUACAUCUCGGAUCGUUUCGGUCGUCGACUUUCUAUAAUCAUUGGAAGCUUUAUAAUGAUAAUUGGAGUUAUUGUUCAAUGCGCCAGCACGAAUAUCGAGACGUUCAUAGGAGGACGUAUCAUCGUUGGCUUCGGUAUUACACUCGCUCUCGCUGCUGCCCCAGUCCUCAUCUCUGAGCUCGCUCAUCCUCGACAUCGAGCUGGCCCGGCCUGUAUCCAAGUAUGCUUCGUAUUUUUCCUGGAUGAGUCUCCGCGGUGGCUGGCAUACAAAGAUCGAGGCGACGAGGCAUACAAGGUGUUAGUGAAGAACCAUGGCGAUGGUGACUGGGAUAGUCCUCUUGUACAAGCUGAGUUCUGGGAGAUGAACGAAACUCUAAAGGCUGAGCGUGAGAUCGAAGGACAGGGCCUCGGGCUUUUUCUUGCUACACCCGCCAACCGAAAGCGACUCGCUAUCCUCAUCACACUCGCAGUCUUUGGUCAAUGGUCUGGCAACGGCCUUGUAUCAUACUACCUCACCAAGAUCUUGUCAAGUAUCGGCAUUGCAACCCAACGCGAACAGACUAUGCUCAACGGAACCAUCAGCACUGUCAAUUAUGCCACCGCUCUCUUCGCCGCUGUCCUAUCCACCAAAGUGGGCCGUCGUUCCAUGUUCGUUGGAGGUGGCAUCGCAAUGUUUCUUACAUUCUCAGCACUAACUGCAAGCAUCGCGAUAUACAACGAGACCGGCUCAAAAGCAGUGAGCAAAUCCGCUCUUGCUUUCAUCUUUAUCUACUACACGUCUUUCAACAUCUGCCUCAACCCGCUUUUGUUCUUGUAUCCCACUGAGAUUCUGCCCUUUCGACUUCGAGCCAUGGGACUGAGUAUUCUGGUCUUCUCCACGAAAGCAGCUUCGUUCUUCAAUCAAUUCGUCAACCCUGUCGGUAUGGAUUCUCUGGGUUGGAAGUACUAUCUUGUUUAUGUUGGUUGGCUGCUGGUCGAGAUUGUUGUCUUCUGGUGGCUUUACCCCGAGACAAAGGGUUACACGCUUGAAAGGAUUCAGGAAGCGUUUGGAGAGGACGUGAAAUUGGAUGGACCGGAAGAGAAGGUUAAGACGAUGGAUGUGAAUGAUGAGGACAGUACCCAUGUUGAGAAGGUGGCACAUUCUACGGUUGAUGUUGCGUGA